AUGAAUACAGAAUGUGCCAAAUGUUCAGAAACUCUAACCCAUAAUGAAGAUACAUUAAUAUGUAAUGUUUGCAAAAGUACGGUACAUUUCUACUGUACAGGUAUCUCUGAAACUAAUUUUAAAAAACUAUCAAAGUUAAAUAAAAGCAAAUUUGUUUGUUGUGAUUGCAAAAUAACGGAAUCUAGCGUAACCAAAUUUCAACCAACAACCAAGAUGGAAACUAAAAUUGAAGAACUUAUUAGCUCUGUUGAAUUUAUGGGUAAGCAGUUUGAUGUUUUUAAUAAUAAAGUAGACUCGAUGCUCAGCGAAAUAAAAGUUUUAAAAAUAGAAAACGAAAAUAAAUAUUUAUCAAGCGAGGUCUCGUCACUUAAACUCAAAAUCGAUAAUAUUGAACAAUUCAAUCUAAAGAAAUACAUCGAUAUAACUGGAAUACCACCAACCACAAAUGAAAAUUGUUCUGAAAUCGUUAAACAAAUUGGACUAAAAACAAAUACUACUAUCAACGUCAUAGAAGCAAAAAGAAUAUACAUCAGCAACUCCAAGAACAGUAUCAUUGUUGCCAAACUCGAAACUACUGAGAUGAAAAGAACCCUUAUACGCAAUAGCAAAAUUUCCAAACUCUCGGCAAAUAAUAUUCUUAGUACUUGGUCUAAUGAAAUCAAAGUGUACGUCAAUGAAAGGCUUACGAAAGACCGUCGAACUCUAUUUGGGCAGGCAAGAAGAACUGGAAAAGAUAAACAGUUCAAAUUCAUAUGGGUCAACAACGGAGACAUUCUCAUGAAAAAAGAUGAAAGCUCAAAAACAAUCCGUAUAAGUAUACAUCAAGACCUAGAAAAAGUGUAA